AUGCCUUCACCCUACGACGAUGCCUUCACCCUACGACGCGAGGCGGGUGACUGGUCUGUUCUGUAUUGCACAGGAGCGAACGGCCUCGUCAGCAUCGUGAAGUGCAUGAAAUGGUGGUGGGAAAUGCUAGACGAGGUUGACGAGCAGCCGGGCGAUCGCGACGAGUGGCGCGCCGCUGCCGCGGACGUUGCGUGGACUUUCAAGCAAGUGCUCGCGCACGGGUGA